AUGCCUUGCCUUUAUCUCUCUACCAACGUUAACCUAGAUGGAGUUAACAUUGAUCCCAUCUUUACUCAUGCCACAACUGCUAUCUCCACUAUCAUAGGAAAACCAGAACAGUUUGUGAUGGUUUUAUUGAAGGGUUCAGUUCCAUUAAUGUUUGGACAAAACAAAGAACCAGCUGCAUACGGUGAACUAGUUGCAAUGGGUGGCAUAAAUUCAAAAGUGAAGAAGGAACUAAUUCAUACCAUUGGGACAAUAUUGGAGAAGAACCUAUCUAUACCAAGAACAAGAUUUUUUCUCAAAGUCUUUGACACAACGCUUCUUAAACGUGAUAAGACUCACUCCAAACUCUAG